ACCCACACCAUAGCAUUCAAUCCAUACAAUCUAUGACAUGUAUGAACCUAGGGUUCACAAUACCCAAGUUAAAAGAGGCACUACUCCAUAGCUAGGCUAGAGAUUACAACAAAGAAAAGAGAAAGAACCAUGGUGGAUGCUUGUCUUCCCUCUUUAUUGAUGAGAACUUCCUUGAGAGGUGAAAAUAUUUGGUCCUCUAGCUUUGAGCAAGUCCAAUCCUCUUCUUCUCUCUUUGUUCUUCACUUUCUCUCUCUAGUUUCAAAAGAAGAAGAUAUUUCUCUCACUAGGAUUUCUCUCUUGGGGUUCUUUACUAGCAUGUGAGUUUGAGAGCUUAGUUCUCCAACGAAAUUGAGAGCUAAACCCGCACGACCGAGAGUAAGGCCGUGACAGCCAACAACCCACCGUUUCGUACGAUGCCUUGCAAAGUUGCAUUGUGGACGUGGAGUGAUCUGGAUCCGUACGUGUUGGUUUGCAUGUCGGACGUCCAUAUACCGCUGGGGUUAGUUUAAGACUAGUCGCCACUGCCGCUCACCAACCAAAGUAGCGUGCUUAUUCCCCAAACACAUCUACCAGCUAACUCUGAUAGCUUAGCCCAAGGCCAUCGUGGUCAAUGAAUGAAUGAUACGGCCAGCCCAAAUCAUAAAUUCACAUCACAGUCCUUUCUGGGCCCAGUUGCCUUAUAUAAUAAUAAUAAUAAUAAUAAUAAUAAUAAUAAUAAUAUACACUGCCCUAAAGUUCCCCAUUCACAGGGAUAAUUAGUAGCAUAAAGCCAUAAACAAGUGGCUGGUGGUGGGUGGUGGAUAUCUUUAACCAUCAGCAGCAGCAGCAGCCAGCCCAUAAUUACAAAAGUCGGACCGGAUUGAUAAAAACACUGAUUCCAACCAUAAAUCGAGAUUGAAGCACCAAAUUAGCAAGGACAUGGCGCAACAACGCAACAAUAUGUCGACCCGAUCCUUUCAGGCAGCCCAAACUGGAGUAGCCGCCUCCGCCGCCGUUUCUAAGCAAAGGGUUCGUGUUUCUUGGGUAAGCAACAGCUCAUUGAGGUUUAACCAUCAUCGUCCUCGUCGUCGGUGUAGCUUGUGGGAUAACAAAGAGCAAGCAGCAGUACCACUACGAGCUGCGAAUGCAAACAAGUUUAAUGAUCAUCAUCAUCACUUGCUGCUGGCGGCAGCAGCAGCUGAGGACGACGACGAUCUCGAAAUCGCCGUAGCAAAUCCUGACGAAGAAGAAGAGGAGCUCCAUCAGCUGGCGGCCGAAUCGGUUCAUGGAUCUCGGGUCCGACAGGGUCGGGUUCACAGGCAACGUGUGAUGGUUAGAUCGUUUGACAUUGAUAGGCACAAGAAAGCAACCAUUGCUGCACUGAUGAGACAGAUACAGGAUUCGGCAUGUAACCAUGCUACAAGGUGUUCGGGUGUAGAGCUGGGGAGAUUCGCUUCGACGCCGUUUAUGACAAAAAAUAACCUCGGUUGGGUCAUCACUUGUAUCCAAAUGGUGGUGGAUCAAUAUCCUGCAUGGCGUGAUGUGCUGCAAGUGGACACUUGGACAUACACCGUCGGGAAGAAUGGUUUGGCUAAUGAUUGGGUCAUCCUCAACGAGAAGACCGGUCAAACUUUAGUCCGAGCUACCAACACAUGUGUUAUGAUGAACUAUGAGACGAGGAGGUUGCACAAGUUCGUCCAGGAAGUGAGGGACGAGCUCGCGUGCUGUAUCGUGCCGGUGGAAGAGUCUGUAAUCCCCAAGAACGAACAACGAUUGCCACGACUGGAUUUCGAGACUGCUGAACAUGUCACCAGUGGCCUGACGUCGAGGUGGUUCGAUUUGGACGUGAAUCAUCAUGUGAACAACGUCAAAUACGUGGAUUGGAUCCUGGACAGUGUCCCACGCUCGCUUCCGGAGGGACAUGAACUGCGCGAAAUGACGAUUCAGUUCAGAAAAGAGGUUGCUAUAGAUACCGUUGUGCACUCUCUUUCCAGACGAAAUAACAGUGGUACUGCUGCUGCAGCCGCCGGGAGUGGGAACGGCAACGGCGGCCAAGGCCACGGCGCCGAUGAUGCUCCGGUGGAGGUGGAUCAUUUGCUGUGCCUUGAGGACGGGUCGGAGAUAUUGAGGGCAAGAACAACUUGGAAACCCAAAAAAAACCUUAAUUAAUUAUAUUAGAUACUUCUUUGUAUAUGUUUGGUGCUUUCCCUUCCCUGCUGUAUUUGUAUUCUGCAUGCGUUGGAAAAAUUGUGCUUUAUCAAUUUUCAGGGAUUCGUGUUGUAUUUGAUUUUGAUUUUCAGGGAUUUUUAUAGCUGUUGCAUGCCCUUUUAAUUUAUUGCUCCAACAAAUGUAUUCAAAUAAUCUAAGGUUAAACAAAGUACUAGGUGUGUAAGGUAGGUGUUGGGGUGUGUUUGGCUAAUACCUAGGCAUUAGAAGCGAAAAUAGCUAUGUUUAACCGAAAUUAUAGUUUUAAUCUAGUUUCAUAUUUUCAAAUGUUUAAUAAAUUAACCAACUCUCAACAACAAGCAAAAAUUUGUCACAAUCUCAUAAAAUCACAAAUUUUAUAGAAAGUGUUGAAUCGAAAUAUGUCGAUGGCAAAGCUUGUGGCUACUUGGUACUGAUAGUUAGUGACAAUAAAGAGCGGUAUUGGCAGAGAUCAUGUCCAAGAGAUGGAGUGACGAUGAACUUAAAGGCUUAUGUAUGCAUGGUUGCUAGGCGCGUGUUGACAGCCGGCGAGGAGGAUGAAGAACAGUAUGAUAAAUGGUUAAAGGAAAAUGAGCGAUGAGCAGAAGAAGCAAGUGUCUAGUCGAGAUUCAUGAUUUGUAAAUCCAAAUCGAGGAAAUGACCUAAAGAGGACGUGUGGAGAGUAGUUUGAAAUGGGUUCAUUUUGUGGAAAGUUAAACUACCUUCUUAUUAUUCCCUUUGACCCACUAGUCGCAUUUUCUGUUGUAUGCUGGUCGCUGGAUCUGUAUUGAACACUAAACACAUAUUUAGCUUAGGCUAAGGCCAUCGUUGUCAAUGAAAUGAAUGAAUAUGACAAAAACAUCAAUUCACAUCACAUUCCUCCAUUCACAGGGAUAAUUAGUAGCAUAACUAGUGGCUGCCAGUAGGGCUGGCUAUUUUGUCCCCGACUGUUUGGUUUUACCCGAAAUCGGACCAUAUAAUCCGGACCGGGACAGGACUGGGAUCGGAUAACAAACAAUGCAAUCUCAUAUUCGGGCUUAGAUUUGAGGUAAAAAACCGGAUAAGAGACCCCCAACACAAAAAAUCAAGAUAAAAUUGGGACUGAACCGGAUCAAGACCGGACUAUAUCCAAUCCAAUCUUUGUUCCUUAUAUUUCCGAAAAACCUGGACUGGAACCGGAUCAAUUUAGUCCAAUUUAACCAGACCAGACCGAACCGCACCGUAUAGCUAGCUGCUAGAGUGCUAGUGGCUAUCUUUAAACAUCAGCCAGCCAGCCAGCUAAUUAAAUGGGGGGCCGCAUUAUUAAACCCGGCCGCCGCCUCCGAUCACAUGACUGUCAGUCUGUCACCUAGACUUUACUACAAUUGGCAUAUCUCGUGGUCACUCCGAUCCUUUCCCGAAUCGGUAAUUGUUCAUGGUAUAAAGUUUGGGAGACGAUGAUUUCUAUAAUGGGUCAAACCUAUUUGAAUAUAUAAAGGGUAAUUUAUAUUAUUUUCUCUUUCUCAAAUGUGUCCGGUUAUUUUGGGAUGGCAAUGAGUCGGGAUGUUCCCCUACUCAAAAUAGUUCGGGUUUUACCCAUACUUAUACCCACAUAAGAAACGGGUAGAACAUUAAAACCAUGUCCAUACUCGUUCGGGUUUCGGGUAUUUAUGGUUAUCCAUGGGUAAUAGUUUCUCCUUAUAACUCCAACCAAUAUGUUAAUAUUUACAUGUAUUCUCGCGCAUUACGUAAGACGAAAAGUAUGACAAUAAUUCUCACAUUAUGGAGUUGGCGUAGUGUUUAUCACAGUAGUGCGAAGUUCUUCGAGAAGGCUACCAUUGGCAGCUGGAUCCCCUGUGGCCUAAAUGGGUGAACUGUUGCAAGAGCGAGUGGUGCUCUGACUAUUUGGUGGAUUGUUUCCCGACAGAGAUGGUGUGGGCUAUCACGACAAUUCCAGUUGUCAGGUCUGGUGGAGAAUAGGUUGAUUUUGUGUAAGGAUGCCACCGUGGACUAUUUAGUGGAAUUAGGAUUUAGGAUACCAUUAGUUAAGAUCAAAAUCCUGAAGAAAGCUAAAAACCAUUAUUUGAUGUCCCAAAUUGUGGUAUUCUAGCACUCCCAUUGGAGAUGAUCUCAAUAUAUCUACAUCUAUUGUUGAAUUUAUGCAUUGUAGAGUACAAUAAUCGGGUUUGUCAUUGAGGUGACGUCUCACCCCUUCCCCAGAUUAGAAGUGUUGGACUAGAAGUGAAGGAAACUCAGUAACGCUCAGCUCGGCAUCAAUGAGGUGGGAUGGUGGACUCAGACUCCGACAUGACUUGUUUAUAGUAUUUUGAGAGAAGAUGGUCUUCUCUACUGUCAUGUGUUUUGAAGUAUUAAAAGUUUAUGUAAAUUAUGGUCUAGUUUGUAAGCUAAACAAGAAUGUGUACAAUUUGACAAGGAUGGUUUUGUAAAAUGGUUUCAAAUAGGUACGGGUGUUACAGAAGAAGUAGCCAGUUCGAAAGCCUAGGGAAGAAGAAGAGAAGCUCCUGUUUUAUAGUGGAUGAGGUCAGUGUUGGACAAUUUGUUGGUGCAUUUUGAUUGGCUAGUAGAUAUAUAGAUUGUGUUGCAUUUUUCUGAUUGGUAGUUAAGUGGGUUGGGCUUGGUCUGGUUCGACUAGUCUGGUUAUGUUGUUCGGCUAGUUUGGCUUGAUCAGUCUGGUUCAACCAAAAUUGGAUUUGGCCCAAGUUUGGCUGGGUUUGUCUGUUUCCUUUGGGUCUGAGUUUUGACUUGUUGACUCGACUUCACUUGAGCUUGAGAUUUGACUCGAGUUGACCAGAGUUUGAGUUUGGACUUGAGCCCACUUUCUUUUAUUGUAUAACAAUACAAUGUUAAUUACUAUUCUAAUUAAUUGUAACUCUUGAACAAUAUAAUUAAUUGAAAUAUUGUAUAUUAUAAUCAUGAUUAUAGUUAUUUGGCAUUGUUUCAUCUUCGUAAGAUUGUUACUUUUCCUAUUUAGAAAUCGAGACCCAUUCCCACAAGACUCAACGUCUUUAGAAUUAAUUAACUCCCAUGACAACCAAAUUCAAACUCAAGCCUAUUUUUCACUACCAUAUUGCAUCAAUCAAAAUUUGCUAUUGUUUAAUCUCAUUGACUUAUGGCCAACAAGACUCAACCCAAGCACUAGAUAUGCGGUUUAGCUAGAAAAUCAUUCAAAAUUUGCUAUUGCAACCAUUAAAUUGAAACUAAAGUUUGUUUAAUUAAAUAUGUUUUAACACGGACAAAAUGGGGUGUCUACAAUUGUUAUAUCUUCAUUUUCCAAAUUCAUACAUAAUUAUGUUGAAUAACCAUAAAUAUUUAUCAUAUCUUCCAAAUAUUCCAAGUUCAUAUGAUAAAUUUUUGGAUUCUACUUAUUCAUUGUGCUAAAAAUAUAGAUGAUGACGAAGGAGAUGAUGAUUCAACAUCUACGAAACCGGUCACACAAAAGUAAUCGCUUGAAGCCACAAUGACUCUUCAAAACUAUUUGUUGCAAUUAGAGAAGACAACACGAGAAAUUUUGAAGUUCAAGAUGAACUUAUACUAUACUUGAACUUCAUGAAGAAACAAACAACUAUAGAUUAAUAUUUUUCUAGAUUAUAGAAUUGGAAGUACAAGUAUUAUGAUAUUAUUUUAUUAAAAUUUCUCAUUUUCCUAACUAGCCCAAGUCAGAGAGAGCGAAUAGGAUACUAACAUAAUUCAUUAAUUUUUUUUUGUACAAAUAAUUCAUUAAUUAUACUAUACUAACUGCUUAGGGUUGGCAAAAAUAUCCGUAACCGUGGAUAUCCGCCCGAACCCGGCCUAAUCGGGUAGGGUAAAACCCGAACCCGAAGGACAUUUAGUGGGUACGGGUAAAACCCGAACCCGAAUAUUGCGGGUAAUGGGUGGGCAUGGGUUUCUCAGUAUCCAACCCGAACCCGCCCGAUUAUACACAUACAUAUGUAUUUUGUCUAGAAAUAGUCAUUAUUUUUCUCUAACAUAUUUUAUAUUUAGCAUAUAAAUAUAAUAUUUUCAUGAAAUUGUGUUGUUUUAAUUAAUUUUCUUCAUUCUAGUGAAUUAUUGUCAUACUUUUCCUCUUGUGUAAUGUGAGAAUACGUGUGAAUGUUAAUAUAUUAGUUGGAGUUAUAAAGAGAAAUCAUUACCCAUGGAUAACCGUGGAUACCCGAAACCCGAACGGGUAUGGGCAUGGUUUUAAUUUUCUACCCGUUUCAUAUGUGGGUAUGGGUAUGGGUAAAAUCCGAACUACUUUGGGUAGGGUAACGGAUAUGCACUAUCCGUCCCCGACCCGACCCAUUGCCAUCCCUAUAACUGCUACUCACAUAGUCACAGUAAUUAAAAAAAAAAUGUUACUCAUAAUAGGCUAUUAGCUCCUUCCUCAACCCCCUUUCUUCCGUUGCUCUCUGCCUCCCGCUCUCCACCCUACUUUCACUUGGCUCUUUGUAAACAGAAAAAAAAAAAAUAGCAGGUUACUUGUUAAAAAAAUUAUUACAAGUGAAUCAGACUUGAAGAUUCGACUCUUCUUUUUCCCGAUAGUCUUAAUAUUUUGCCAUUAUAAAAAUUAUUAUCUCGCCAAUAUAAUUUUUAUAUUACCUUUACCUUGUCAUCCUUAUAACAUUUUCGGUUUGCUUCGUGAAAUUUUUGGUGUGCUUUUUUGUCUUUCUGGUUUGUUUGAUGUGAGUUCUUGUGUGGUUGCACAUAUUUCUGGUCUGUUUGAGAAAACUUAUGAUCUGUUUUAUGAGGUUUUUGGUAUACUUUAGGAAAAUUGUGGUCUAAUUUAUAAAAUUUCUGGUAUGGUUCAAGGAACUUAUGGUAUGAUUUAUAGAGUUUCUAAUAGUAGUUAACAUAGUGACCUGUAAACCCACCCACUCGUGUCACCGCUGCCCAAACCAACCCAAAACCCGAGCAAAACCAAGUUAAUAGAUACAUAACUAGGUGGAUGAGGGUGCUAGAAUAAAGACUCGUUGGUUUUCUAGCUUGGUUCCGGGUUUGGGUUCUAAAAACAAAUCAACCCAGUGUAUAGCAAAAAUAUGUGUGUCUUCAGCUUUAUCAAGCUAAGUAGGGAUGGCAAUGGGUCGGGUCGGGGGCGGAUAGUGCAUAUCCGUUACCCUACCCAAUGUAGUUUGGGUUUUACCCAUACCCGUACCCAUACGAGAAACGGGUAGAAAAUCAAAACCAUGCCCAUACCCGUUCGGGUUUCGGGUAUCCACGGUUAUCCAUGGGUAAUAAUUUCUCCUUAUAAUU